CUGCAGCACAACCAGAACCAGCACCACCACCCUCAGCAGUACCAGCACCAGCACCAGCACCAGCACCAGCAGCACCUGGACCUGGACCUGAGCAAACUGCAAACUCCAGGACCUGCGCCGCUGGUAUAUGAAUACUCGUCGCCCCCGUCGCGCGCCUACCAACCUCAUCAGCCGUCUUCAACUCCUGCUGCUGUACACAACAUCAAACAAGAACAACCCCACUACCCGCCAUCUGAGGCAUUCAAAUCCGAAUACUCCUCUUAUCAGCCACCGCUGCAAACUGGAAUUGGAACCCACCCGCACCACCAGCAUCACCACCAACCGCAUCAGCAGUACCUGUCGCCCAGGUACCACCACCAACCGCCACCGCCGCCGCAACAGCAGCAGCAGCAGCAACAGCAGCAACCCCCACCAACAAGUCCUGGUCCGUAUGGGCAGCAACCUUUGAAAUAUCACGAUCAGCACUCGCUGCAAUAUCAGCCCCCAACACCCCAGAGCCAGCCAUUUUUAGAAAAAAAGCAGCAGACCGCCACACCCAAUCUCUACGACAUCCCCUAUAACCCGGACUCCCAGCAACUCCCACAAACACCCGGCUCCGCCACAAUGCCUCCGAGGAAGAACACACAGUCGGCUCCUUCGCCGCCGCCUAUUGAUCCUUCACCAGUCAGGACCAAGUUCCCCACAGCGAGGAUAAAGCGCAUCAUGCAGGCCGAUGAGGAAGUCGGCAAGGUGGCUCAACAGACUCCUAUUGCCGUGGGCAAGGCGCUGGAGCUGUUCAUGAUCGCCGUCGUCAGCAAGAGCGCAGAGAUUGCACGAGAGAAGAACUCUAAGCGUGUCACGGCCCAAAUGCUGAAGCAAGUCAUCGAAACAGACGGGCAGUAUGACUUCUUGGCCGACAUCGCUGCUAAGGUCGGCGAGGAAGAGAAGAGGGGCGGACGCUCAAAGGCGGACACGGAGAGCGACGAAGAGAUGGAGGUCGAGCCGAAGAAGAAGGGCAAGGGUGGACGGAAGAAGAAGGUCGCAUGA